CCACACCCACCAACCGGAACAAACGUACCUCCAAGUCUGUUCAAGAACUUUGAACCUUUUGGGGAUAUGUGUCGUUCAGUACAAACCGUUAAGCAACGUAGCAAACGUUCAAUCCAACUGAACGCACUACUUGAGAUCAACUUUUCAAUGGAGAUGUGAUCGCUAGCUACAAUGCCUGUCCUCGCUUUAUUGUUGCAUUCAAAUGUAACUACAAGUUGUGUUCCAUGUUUACUUUUCCUAACAGAUGCAUUGGACAACAUGCGAGAGCUGUCAUUAUUCUUUAGACUUGUAAAAUUCGAUAGCUCAUGAUAGCGGAUAGCUUUCGCUAAAGAUGGUACAACAAAUGCAUGAAGCAAGACAGCUAACUGAAAAACUUUAGAGAGCGGCGGGACAGGGGGUAUUUAGCUAUGGAUAGCCCAAUGUUUUCCAAGUACUCAUGGCUUGAUUUUCUUUUCUCGGUAGUCGGUGUUUGUACCUUUUUGUUUGACGUGGGAUCCGACAUUUGGGUCGCUACGGAGUUCUACUCGCGUGGGGAUUUCUUCUGGUUCGGAGUGUUGAUCGGCCUUAUGGUCCUGUCUUCGGUAGUGGUCCAGAUGUUUAGCUGGUUCUGGUUCAAAUACGACCGCGAACUGGAGGGCUUCGAUGAGCAAACUUCCAAGAAUGUCCUCUUUGGAGGCUGCGUCAAACUUUCAUUCCUGCUACAUGUACUUCAGCUCGGAUUUUUUUGCAGACACAUCUCAGCCAUAUGGCAGGGCUUCCGUGUGUGGUGGCGACAGGAGCAGGGCUCGGGGUACGCCGUGUACCUGACCCACGACCUGAGCAUGCUACGCCUCAUCGAGACCUUCUGUGAGAGCGCCCCGCAGCUCACCCUCAUGACCCACAUCAUGCUGCACAACAACAAGGCCAGGACGGUACAGUGUGUGAGUGUCGUGGCGUCAACUACUUCCAUAGCCUGGAUGGUGGUGGACUACCACCGCUCCCUGCGUUCCUUCCUCCCAGACAAGGCCAAGCAGGGCUGGGGCUCCGCCUUGGUCUACUUCCUGUGGAACCUGCUUCUCAUCGCGCCGCGAGUGGCAGCGGUCGCCCUCUUCGCCACAAUUCUGCCCUCCUACCUGGCUGCCCACUUCCUGCUUAUCUGGCCAGUGCUGGUGUUCUGGGUAUGGCGACAGGAGACAGACUUCAUGGACAGCGCCGGCGGAGAAUGGCUCUACCGGGCCACCGUAGGUCUCAUCUGGUACUUCAGCUGGUUCAACGUGGCGGAGGGAGGGACCAGAAGGAGGAGCAUCAUCUAUCACUCCUUCAUGGCUAUGGACGGAGGGAUUCUGCUAGUCUCAUGGUGGUUCUACAGAGACCCGGUCCUGACACAGUCCUACGCCCCCAUCCUGCUGGCCACUCUGCCCCUCACCUACCUGAUGGGGGUCCUGUUUAAAACACUCUACUACUACUGUUUCCACCCUACGCUGUGGAUGCCCCCCGUCAGGGAGACAGGGUUAGAAGAGGAGCUGCCUGAUGGUCAGGAGAUGGUGUUCAGAUCCAUCUCCCCCCAAACUGGUUCUCCCCGACUCCGUAACAAGAGGAUGGCAAGCCAUGCCACUCACUUCUACUCCGAGGAGGAAGCCAGGAAGCCCAUUAAGAUAAACGGGCGCGAGGCCAACACUGUUGUCUGACCGGAUGUGCUUGAUCUAGACUCUUAUUUACAUGCAAUGAUGGAGUGAUGAUGGAAUGUCUGGUGUCUUUUUCUAGAAUAUUCUGUUUUUCAUGCUGUAUUUUUGUAUAAAUAAGGUGCUGCACAUCUUAUUGUAAAUUAGACUUUAUGUUUAAAUUAGCAUAUUCAGUGAAACAGUGAUAAGGUCACUGAAGUUUCAUCCCAAAUGGCACCCUUGUAUAGUGCUAUAUGGUGCACUACUUGUGGCCAGGGCCCAUAGGGAUAUGGUCAAAAGUAGUGCACUAUGUAGAGACUAGGGUGCCAUUUGGGAUACAGGCUGAGCAGGACCCAUUGAUCAAUAUUGGAGUUGUAGGAGAGAGCUAUUGGGUUAUUCCAGGAAAUUAGUCCUUUUUGGGUUCUGUAACUUAAGUGAGAGAAAAAAACAACGUUUAAUUUCACCUAAUUGUAACAUUCUGUCACAAAGAGCACAUGUUCAACUUAGUAAAAAACAUAUUUUCCCAUCUCAAAAAAAAACCUAUAUUAAGUGGCAAAUAAAGUAACAGGGUUGACGACUUUAUAUUAAAUCAGCGAUAAUUCCCCUUGUGACAGGUGGAGUGGAAGCUUGUGUGCAACAGGGAGAGGCAAUUGAAUGCAAGCUUCACAAAACAAUUGAAAAUGUAAACAUUUCUAGCCUGUCUAUCAACAGGGGUAACAGGGUUGACGUCUUAUCCUCGAACCGCUCAGUUUUCCAUCACAAAACACCAGAAAAUGGCCAAAACAAGUAGAUUCAGCUCACCUGCUCUUACACUAUGAUGUUUUACUCUUAGAUGUUCAAUGUAAAAAAAAAUAUAUAUAUGUUUUCAUCAUAUUAAAAGGAGAGUUCAGAUCACGUUACAGUAUUAACCUUCAAAUGAGGGACAGGGUGAAUCUCUCACUAAUUAACACCCAUCUUCAGAAAAUAAUUUUUCAAGCACCAGAAUAACUAAGGUUUUGCAAUGAUGGUGAAAUGGUAGCCUUACGUCACAGAGGGAAUGUCAAAAUGCUUUGGUACUUUCACAAGUCUUCAUUUAUAUUAAAGCUCAGAGUUGAUAGAAUUUUAUAUUUGGUCAAUAUUAAAGGGAUACUUUGGGAUAUUGGCAAUGAGGCCCUUUAUCUACUUUACCAGACUUAGAUGUGUAUACAAUUUUUAUGUCUCUACGUCCAGUAUGAAGGAAGUUAGAUGUAGUGUCGCCAACCAAUGCUAACUGGCAUUAGUGCAAUGAAUGGAAGUCUAUGGGUAUCUUAGUUAACAUUUGCACUAGAGCUAGUUAGCAACUUCCUUUAAACUGCACACAGAGACAGAAAAAUGGUAUCCCACGAGUUCAUCUGACUCUGGAGAAGUAGCUAAAGAGCCUCAUUGCCAAAAUCUUGAAGUAUCCCUUUAAAGGACACUUAAUGUAAUAUAACAUUCUUGUAAAAUUCUAUAUUGGUGCACAGUUUCUACUUAAAAUCUCAAAAUAACUAAUUGCGUGAAACGACCACGCCGUUCAUGAUGCCAAAGGUAAUUAGAAGAAUAAGUAAUGGUACAUUUUUAUCCGUUUUUUAUUAUUGUGUGAAAAGUUAGUAUUUUUACCCGUCUACAACGUUCUGAAAGUUAUUUGACAUUUUGUUUGCUAUUUUUGGAUGUACAAUGAAUGUACGAUGAACUAUCACGUUCCUCGCUUUGCUGUUGUAACUGUUGUGUUAUUUUUAAUUCUCUGUAUCUAUGCCGACAGUGCAUCCACUAAUGUCUGUGACGGUCACUCGUCCACCAGCUUCAUUAGUCUUUUUUCUAUAUACAGCAUCAAAUCUAUGUACAGAUGGACGGAACGUCAAUACAGUUUGAUUAAGAGUCCCAAAUGGCACCCUAUUCCUGCUAUAGUGCACUACUUUUGACAUUAUGUUGUGGACAAUGUUCUGGAUGUUCCGGCUCCCAAGUGACACAGCGGUUUAAGGCACUGCGUCUCAGUGCUAGAGGCGUCACUACAUGCCCUGGUUCGAUUCCAGGCUGUAUCACAACCGGCCGUGAUUGGGAAUCCCAUAGGGCGGCGAACAGUUGGCCCAGCGUCGUCCGGGUUAGGGUUUGGCCCGAUGUAGGCCGUCAUUGUAAAUAAGAAUUUGUUCUUAACUGACAUGCCUAGUUAAAUAAAACAUGUAUAGCAAUACCUGUGGCCUUGUGAAGGUAUGUUCCUAGAAUGUUAAGAUUUAUGUGUGAAACAUUAUUGGAUACUGCAGAAUGGAACCAAAUAUUCCAUAUUUUAACUGUCAUCUCAUUCGUUCUGCACAUGAUUGUUAUUACACAGUGUGUUUUGUGAACUUAUUCCCCUGAAGGUCAACAAUUCAACUUGUCUCUUACCUCAUCAUUUAAAGGGCAUCUAAUGCUGGGCUAUUAAAAUCAUAAGACAAUCACAAAGUUA